UCUGUGGGUGCAGGAGAGCGGAGGCGCGCGCAAUUCCGUCGUUGCCAAGCGACUCACUUGCUGUAGAAACCAAAGACAAACGCAGCACUAAGUUAGUUAACUAGCUUAGCAGCUUCUGAAUAAAAAAGUUUUUAAACGGACCCUGAAAGAUAAUUGUUCUCUUUAGGUUUUAACUAAAGAACCUAAACAAUGGCGGACACUGUUCAAACUGGAGACGAAGUUGGGCGGAUACUCGUACAGGUGCAGAAUGAUUUGAGUCAGCUGAAAAAGAGUCUAAGCCGGGUAAUCAUUUCUGAGCCAGGCGAGACACUGGACAUUCAAGUGCUGGAUGCGGCGAUAAGCAGGACUGAGAUUGGCAUUAAGAAACAUGCAGAGGAAUAUCUGAAGACUGUAAAUAAACAAGUAUCGACACUUCCUAUUAUUGAAGACAACAAAAAGAAAACUAGGAAGAUUGCCAAAUGGCAGCCAUCCCCCGAGAGCAUCCCAAACUUGCUACCUCGGAAAUACAUGAUUGUUGGAGCAUCUCCUGGGGAGAAGCACAAAGCAGCGUUUGCCAUGCGACUGCUAUACAACCCUUCUCACCCAAAGAACAGAGAGCUCAUUCACCAGAACUAUGGAAUUCAGCUUCCUGAUUUGCAGAAGAAAACUGGGUCCAAUGUGGGAGCCAAAAAAGUGGAUACCAGUCCUAAGGUGGGAAGCUCAGCUGUUGUACCUGCAGAGGUUCGGAACAACAACCUCCACUUAUGUCCCAACGACAUGAAAGCAGACAUUGCCAGUCCAGAAAAGCAAGAUCCACCACCCUCAGCAGCUGAUCUCUGCUUGCAGACGUUUGUUAAGCCCAAGGAUAGCAGCCCCAGUAAGAUAGGUAUGUUUGAAAGAGCGGGAAAACGGCAGACGGACGUGAAUCAGAGUAAGGAUAUUGUGCAGGCACACAGAAUCUCUCACCUUCAUCGUCCGCCCACGUGGACCAUCACCACUCCGCCUCCCACUGCUGCCUCCGACAGCAAACUCCCCCAAGGGCCAGCUCGACUCAGCCCUCUCAGUCCUCAGUGUGCUCCAGCGCUACCACCAGUUCCCAUUAGCAAACACUGCUUCAGCAUAGUAGACGGCCGGAUUGACCCAUGUUGUACGGAAUUCUGUGCGUUCAAAAAGCAGUACUGCCUGUGUUGGGGGCCCCUUAUGGAGGCUCUUUGGCGGCUGGAACAACUGAUGCAGGAAUAUGCUGUGCCGCACGCCCGAGUGUGUGACCAACGGCUGGUGGCUCUGAUGCAGACUGGUGAGCUGGACUGGGGUGGUGGGGGUGUGGGGCACCUCCUCUCAGUGCUGGAGAACCAAGAAGAGGUGUGGGAGUUGAUGCAACGGCCCGGCCAGCGGUACCGGGGUGAGGGGGGCCGGCAAGCGGCGGCUGAACGCAUCCAAGCCUCCUGGAGGUGCCACCAGGCUCGCACCGCCUACCUGCGUCAACAGAGGCGCAAAUGGGCGGCUGAAACCAUCGCUAUCUCCUGGCUGCUGCACGCCCAGGUGGGACGUGUGAGGAAAAGCCUGCAGGCGACUCGCCUUCGCCAACUGGAGAAUUACCGCAGCAUGGCCGAGUAUCUGGCAGACAACUGGAAACACCUCAGCACCUCCAGGAGGACCAUUAUCCAUGUACCAUCAUUAGGAUACUCUGAGCAGCAGCGUCGCAGUCUCACAGGAUUUGACAUACUGCAGAAUACCCAGAUGGGUCGUCUGUGUGACAUUAGAGAUGAGAACAUAGAGGUGAUCUAUGUGUGUCCGGUGCGCCUGGGAGAGGACCUUUUACACUACUACACUCAGCUGCUGGGUCUACAGGGGGCUGUGGAGACAGGAGACCUCUCGGCUGUUCCAGCUAGCAGUGCCAAACGUUUCACCAUCCUCACACCAGAGGCCUAUGAGCACUUUCCUAACCACAAUAUGUGUGUCUCCACACUGCUGAAGUACAGCCCACGGACACUGCGCCGCAUAAAGGACCUGAUCCAGGGCAAACAUGCAUACAUAGUCAGCGGAGUCCCCCACAUGGAUGACCUGGCCGUGGCUGAUGAGUUGGGAGUGCCAGUGCUGGGUCCAGAGCCUGCUGUGGCCCAGCUCUAUGGCACCAAAUCUGGAGCUAGAAGGAUCUUCACUAGUGCUGGGGUCAGCGUGCCACCGGGACACGGUGACAUAUACACUCUUCAGCAGCUGUAUGAGUGUCUGGCACAGCUGAUGACAGAUCAUUUGGAGGUGCAACGCUGGCUGUUUAAGAUGGAUGGAGAAUUUGGCAGCCGUGGCACAGCCUAUUGUGAUGUUUCUCAUCUGAGCUUCCGGUCCUGGGCUCUGCAGAAAUAUCGGCGUCACGGACCACAGCUUUGGAGGAUGGCCUGGGCUCAGGAACCAGUGCUGAUCAAAUUUCAGGAAGAAGUACCUGCUCUUCUGGCCUCCCAUGCUAAGCUGUUCAACACAUCGUGCUAUCCCAGCUGGAUCUCCUUUCUUGAGCACUUUCUUAAAGAAGGUGGCACAGUCGAGGCCUAUCCUCCCUCGGACAGUGUAACAUGUCUCACUGUGGAUCUUCUGGUGGAGCCAGGAGGAGAAGUGCACAUGCUGUCAUGUGGAGACCAGCUGCAUGAACCUGGCUCUAUGCAGGUGGUAGGCUGCUCCAUGCCUCAAACCUCCAUCUGCCAACACACCCUCCACUCUAUCUGCAUGCGUGUAGGCCAGGCCUGCCAUCAGCGCCACAUAUUGGGCCACUUGUCUCUGGACCUGGUCACCUUCCUGGAGCUUGGUACUCUGGAACAGCAGGUGUGGGCAGUUGAUCUGGACAUUGGUUACAGUAACCAGUUGGCCAUGACCCAGAUGAUGCUGUUUAUGACCAGUGGAACGCUGAACUGCCGCACCGGAUGCCUAGAAGUUCCUCCUCUAGUCAUCAACAGCAAGGCCUCUGCACGCCACAAAGCACCUAAAGCUCUCUCAGUGACCUCCCGUUUUGCAGUGAUGAGUAGCAAACUGUUUCAUACCAACCUGUCUAUGGUCCAUUACAGUGUGUUCUUCCAGAUGUGCAAGGCACACCGCAUAGGGUUUGACAUCAAGGAAAGACAAGGAUCUGUAUUUGCUCUCCACGACAGCACAGAAAGAAAAAGCCUCGGCUUAGUAACAAUCUCACCAGAUCUCAAGGGAGCUUUGCUGACCUUUGCUCACAACCUGUCCAUCAUUCAUCAAGAAAUAUCAGCCCCAAAUUUGCAAGGAAAGACCAAUUUUAAGAAGCUGAUCAAAAAUAUCGAGGAGGUGGUGGGUGUGACCAUCCAGAAUGCAGAAAUUGAGAAAUCUGCUUGAAACAUUUAGCCUUUUCUCUCUCCAUGCUUACAGCACAUCUGGUAAUACUGUUAUAUUUCCAGUUAUGGUGGUACAUCCACCCUAACCAUUAUAAAAGGACUGUUACAGCUGAUGACUACAUCUAAUACAGAUCAUUUUAUAUGA